CCUAUCUAGCAUCCUUUUUUUCUGGGUUCCGGGAUUUUUUCCUGAUCGGUUUCUCUGGUUUGGAGGGUUUGGUGUGCCGCGAGGUUUCUUGUUUGGAGUACGGUAUGUGUGUCGUCCCCUUCUUUUUUGUGUGUGUCGUCGAUUUUUUUGGUAGCUUUUUCUUUGUCAGCCCACUUUUUCGAGUCCCUCAAGAGUGGGCUGUUGGAAGAGCGCACCUCCUCCAAGGUUCCCAGGCUGACGAUCAAGGCAAGCGCUAUUCACAAGGUGAUUUGAAGUCUGUUGAGUUUAGGAAGGGUGAGUGAAAUUGCCGACAUUCCCUCGUGGCCCUGUUGUACCUAUUUCUUGCGGUCCC